GUUUUUUUUUUUUUUUUUUUUUACGAGCGAGCGCUGUAUUGUUGCACGAGAUUUUAGCCAGUGUGUAGCGAAGAAAUGCCGUGCAACGCCUUAACUCGCGAACUUAGAUUUAGAAAUUAACGUAUGAGUUAUAUAAAAGCAGCUUUUGUGCUUUAAGUGGCGCGAUCGUCCGGGAAAUGUCGGACACGGUGUGGUGUUUUCUCGUCAGCAGACAGCAUUCGGGCCUGUUAGCCGCUUCGCCAUCAACGAGCCGUCCCGUUCGGCACAUUGACUAAAGAUAAAGCGGUUAGUAAGACUUGGGUCACUCUUCCCACUCAUGAACCGAUUGCCUUAAAACUGAGAAGAGUUCUUGCUAAUGGAUACACCUGAGAGCCCCACCCAGUCCCCCCAAUCCCCGGAGGAGGAGGAGAAGGGUCUCUCCGACAGCGAGUUGCUGGAGUCACCCGAGUCCCCGACAGAAGAAGACAAGGGAGUGUCAGACAGCGAGCUUCUGAAUGAUGAUGAAAAUAACUGUGAAGAACAAGUGGGUGGAGCUGACUCGGACUUUGAUGAUGGAAACAGGUUUGUAGCUGGUGGAGAAGAUCCAGAAGAAGUUUCAGACCAGGAGGACUACAAGAUGGAUCAGGAGGAAAAAGAAGACAUUCACCAACAACACCUUGGUAUGGUGGUUCGAGGAAGCAGGGAAAACGUUAGCCCGUGUCCUGAGGAGGAAAUUCUAGACACGCCGAGAUCACCGGACCCUGAGUCACCCGGGCCAGAACAUGGGCGACCUUUCACCCCAGUGGAUGAGGAGAGGGACGACACCAGAGGAGAAGAAGAGGAUGAUGACGAUGGGGUUGAAGAAGCCACCAAGUCUGGCCUUGGCCGUGCUGAGCUGGAGGAAGAGGAUGAUGAGGAAGAGGAGAGGAGGAGGAGAAGGGCAGCAAUGGUAGUGAGUGAUUUGAAGGAUGAAUCUUCCGUAUCCAGAGAUCUGGAUGAACAUGAACUGGAUUAUGAUGAGGAGGUUCCAGAGGAGCAGAGCACUGCUGCCCCUGAAGAGGACGAAGCAGAGAAAGGUCCCAUUGGGGAGGAUGGAGAAGAAGAUGAGGAAGAGGAUGAAGAGGAGGAGAAGAGAAGGAAGAAAAAGGAGAGGAAACGCAUAAUGCCUCCAGAUGAUAACGACACACAGACAAAAAGGUCUGAGGACUCCAAAGAGAGAAGAAGAGAUUCGUUCCGUGAUAAAAAGAAAGAUGAAGAUGAUGGAGAGAUUGAUGAGGGAGAGAUAGAUGAUGAUGACCUGGAAGAGGGGGAGGUGAAAGACCCCAUGGACAGAAAAAUCAGACCCAGACCAAUUUGCAGGUUUUUCAUGAAAGGAAACUGCACAUGGGGCAUGAUCUGUAGGUUCAUCCAUCCUGGAGUCAAUGAUAAAGGCAACUACUCCCUAAUCUCCAAACCAGACCCUUUCUCCCCUAACGGAGCACCUCCUGGGGGAGGAGGACCUCACCCCCUCAUGCCUGCUAACCCCUGGGGAACCCCUACUGUAGAGGAGUUACCUCCCCCUCCCCCUCCUGCAGAUCCUCCGGUGGAAAGUGCCUGGGAAAGAGGCCUUAGACACGCCAAAGAGGUAUUGAAGAAAGCCACCAUCCGUAAAGAGCAGGAACCAGAUUUUGAAGAGAAACGCUUCACUGUUACCAUAGGUGAAGAUGAUCGAGACUUUGACAAAGAAAAUGAUUUCUUCAGGGAACGUGACUAUCGCAUCACCAGAGAGAUCAGAGAACCUGGUGAUCUAGAGUUCAGAGAUCCAGGUUAUGGGGACCCAUAUGGCGACCCGUACUACGAUUACGACAUGGAGCCUUUUUGGCGAGGAGGCCAGUAUGAGAACUUCAGAGUGCAGUAUACAGAGACUCCAGUGCAAUACUACCCUGACCGAGAGCGGGAGCGAGAUCCUCGCGAGCGCCACCGUGAGAGGGAACGGGAACGCGAGAGAGAUCACCGCGAGCGUGAACGCAGGCAAAGAGAGCGGGAGAGGGAAAGAGAGAGGGAGAGAGAGAAAGAAAGACAGCGCAGGAAGGAAGAGUGGGAGAGGGAUCGUCUAAAACGGGAUGAAAAGGAGGGAAGGCCGAGAGAGCGCCCUCCCAGAGAGCCACGGGAGAAAAAGGAUGACAAGGAGAAGCCACUCAAACCGCGUUCACCCACGAACAUGCCACUCAGAGGGCCAAUGGAGCCUCCACCUAAGAAGGAGAUGAUGCCACUGCCCAAGAGGCCAGAUGAAUGGAAAGACCCAUGGCGCAGGUCAAAGUCCCCUAGGAGAAGGCCCGGUCUAAUGGGCUCCCCUCCACGUGGCCGUAGGCGACACAGGCCCUCUGGAUCCUCUGUUUCUCUUUCUAAUUCCUCUAGGUCUUCAUCCCGGUCCUCAUCGUUUACUGGUUCUGGCUCCUCCCGUUCUAGAUCUCAUUCACGGUCAUCUUCAAUGAGUUCCUACUCAAGCCACUCUUCUCAGCACAGCUCUUUCAGCGGAAGCCGCUCAAGCAUGUUGCUUCCUGCUGUCUCGUUUAGGUUGAAUCGCUUCUAUUGUUCUCCUCAUUUAUCCAGAUCCUUUUCUUCCUCACCUUCCCUGACCCCAUCAGCACAAAGAAAUACUAAUAAGAACAAAGCCGAACAGCCACCUGGUGCAACAAAGGGCCAUCUGUUGAAGCCUGGUGCACUGCCCCCUCCUCGCAGGGAUAAAGUAUCCCCCAAAGUGAUGCCCAGCCCAUCACUGCCCGGACAACCUGGGAAGCCACCCAAGCUCAUGACCGAAGCCGGAAAGCCCCCCAACCCCCGUCCAGUUGGAAGGCUUCCUGGACCCAAAGAGCCAAGAGAACCACCUAACAUGAGAGAAGGACGCAAGAAAGAACGUCCACAGCCCAACCCACCUCGCAGGCGAACAGUCAGUGGCAGUGUAAGUGCCAGCGGCAGCAGUUAUUCUGGCUCCAGCUCACGCUCAAGGUCUCGUUCCUCUUCUGCCUCACUCUCUCGGUCCCGCUCCGGAUCCCACAAGUCUCGGUCUCUGUCGGUCAGCAGCGUUUCGUCUGUCUCUUCCGCUUCCUCCAGUAGCAGCUCGGUCCGGAGCGCUGACUCUGAUGACAUGUACGCUGACCUCGCCAGCCCUGUGUCCUCUGCUAGCUCCAAAUCACCCACUCCAGGCCACGCUCGCAAAGACAAGGGCCCUCCGCGGGACAGGGGCCCCAACAAAGACAGAGGAAAACCCCCAAAGAAGGAUGAGCCUUUCAAAGACGAGAGGAAGCGAGUGGACCCCUCCAGUCACCCACCCAAAACCAGCUCUGGCAUGUCUAGAUCCGGGAACAGGGGACACCCCAUGCACCCACCACUUCCCAUGGGUCCUCCAGGAGGAUACGGGUCUCACAAGGAUAUCAAACUCACCCUGCUCAACAAGCAGCAAACAGACCGGGGCAGUAGGAAGAGGUACAUUCCUGCCGAUAAAGAGAGACCCCCUUCCCCUCUAAGCAAGAGGAUAGCACUGUCACCUGACAGAGGGCGAGACAGGAGGAUGCCCGGGCGGCCACUGCUCUCUCCCAGGAUGGAACGGCCCAAAGGCCAGGGUCCUCGACCUAUGCCACCACCAGGAGAAAGAAAGCGUCCUUUGUCUCCACCACCCAAGUCCUCUGGAAAAAGUCCUGCUGCCGUGUCUGCAGGUAAACCUGCUGCACCUGUGGCUGGAUCUGGGCCUGGGUCCGCCUCUAGUUCCAGCUCAGGCAAGCCGAGCAGCACCCUUUCUCGUCGCGAGGAGCUGCUGAAACAGUUGAAGGCUGUCGAGGACGCCAUAGCACGCAAAAGGGCCAAAAUCCCUGGGAAAUAAACCACCAUGUCAGUCUGGCCUCGGACAGCUUCUGUGACAUCUUAUUUCUUGAUGCCCAGUAUUUGUCAGAAAUGGGAAAAUGGUCACUGUUCAUUAACUCACAGGGCAUCGCAUAUGUCUCCAGGGGGAAAAAGAAACCACCUUUACAUUUCAACCCAGUUUUCCCUCAGAGAGAGGUUGUCUAGAUUUUAUAUUGAUGUGAUAAUGUUGAGAAGUGGCACUGUUGAUCUUCGCUUGUUUGUUUUUGCAGGAAGAUGGAAUCUUUACUGUAGUCUCUCAAAGGACUUUGUACAUCCAAUGCAUAUUUUUUUCUCUCCAUCUUCCCUUAAAUCCUUCACUCUUCUCUCUCAUAAUCUAUUUGCUUUUUCUAUUUGGCUCCGAACUUUGUCAGUUUGGCCGAUCCUGGACACAUCCGUACAUUUGAUGUCUUGGUCAAAGGACCUGGAACCUCAUAGUUAGCAAAGUCCACCUUAACCAAUGAAAUUGUCUUUCCACCUCCAUAUGUUAAGCAUUUCGUGACUACUGUUUCUCACCAUGUACAAAUAUUCUAAGCCAGAUGACGCAACAGCAGUUGCUUCAAGUGUAUGAUUCUAUAGAACGAAUGACAGUGAUGUAAAAUAUUGCUUUUAUAAGUUUCUGCAUUGUUUUUUCCCCCCUAGCUUUUCAAAUGUAAACUUGCAUUUUAUUUGUCCCUCAUUUUUAGUUGAGUGUGAGAGGCUGCAAUGGGGACACCUGGAGAUAAGGAAAAAUUUCCGUCUUGCUUUUUGUGAAAGAAAAAAGCUUCUAAAUAAACUAUUUUGAUAAAGAGAAUAAA